ACCCGAACCGUAAGGGAUCCGGUUCAUUCCCCUGUUAAUUUCACCGAAAAACCAGUAUUUUUGUUUUCGUUUCCUUUCUUUCUCUUCCUCAGAAAACGAAAUCCAAAGGAAACCUCAUUUUCGUAUAAUACAGAGGAAGAGAGGAGACUUUAAUUUCCAAGCGGAGACCGUUAAGAACAACUUCCAAUUUUUGUUAUUUCUGUGUUUAUCUUUUAAACUCACCUGACAACAAUAAUAAUAGGAGGAACACCCGAACUAGCCCGAGCUCCGCAGACUGUCGCGAUUCCGAUGGAAUCUUUGGGUCCAAACCAGCUAGAUAUCUUCGAGAUUUACCUGCGAUUUUGUGAACCUAGAACAGGAAAUGCAUAUGUUCAUGGUGAAGAUGGGUACCGACAAGAUGAGGAAUUGCAAAGAGCGACGAAGGAUGGAUUGAAUCAGCUGUUAAAGAUGGUGGAGUCAAGGAUGCAUACAAGUACUUUGAUCUUUGAUGAACUUCGCAAGCUAAUGUUGCAACUAGACCUGACGGCAGACUUCUCUGAAUUCUCAUGCUUCUAUGAUUUUGUUUUCUUCAUGUGCCGAGAAAAUGGUCAAAAGAAUAUCACUGUAAGCAGGGCAGUUGCUGCAUGGAGAUUAGUCUUAGCAGGCAGGUUUCGAUUGCUUGACAAAUGGUGUAAAUAUGUUGAGGAAAAUCAACGUCACAAUAUUUCGGAGGAUACUUGGCAGCAAGUUUUAGCUUUUAGUAGGUGUGUACAUGAAAAUCUGGAAGGCUAUGAUCCCGAAGGUGCUUGGCCUGUUCUGAUUGAUGACUUUGUGGAGCAUAUGUACAGAAUUUCGGGAUCCAACAAAGAUUCAAAUGUUUUCUGCUGCUGUGUUGAUUUGGAGUCGCAGUCCUCUGCAUACGAGGACACUUUGCCUGGAUUAAGAGUAUAUCCUGGGAUGAAGAGGAAAUUGCCUGAAUGUCAAGACGAUGAGAUGGAGUCUUCCGAUUCGCACUUCUUGAACUCGCCAGGCAUGAAUUAUUCAUUGAAUUCUAAGAGAAGUAAGUUGAUUGCACAGCGAUCGGUUAAUAGGGAAGAUAAUCCUCCCCAGAAUUCAUCUGAUGAUUGCAUGGGAAUUGCCAAACACAGUAGUCCAAUGUGUUCUUCCAAGUCUCCUUGUGCAAUUGAAGGUUGCCUAUCGAAGGGUUUUGCAGGUCUCUUAUCAAGUUGCUCCUAUUUUGCAGUUUGACCCCGGAAAGAAUUCCCUAUUACACGGAGCUCGCAUCCGAGUAUAAUUAUAGAAAAAAUGUAUCCUUUGCAAGUCUACGGUAUAGAUGUAUUAAAAUUUCUGCAACUGGUGUUUUUCGGAUGAUUUUGUGGGUUAAUUUCCUAACCUUUGAACAUUUGCAAGGUGCUGUCAUUAUGUCUGAUGCA